AUGGUGACACUGAAGGUUGACUCUCAGGAUUCCACUGCAAUGGAUUGGUGGAGGGACAACUUCUGGAUCAUCUUAGCUGUGGCCAUCAUCAUUGUCUCCACGGGCCUGGGUCUUAUCAUGUACUGUGUCUGUAGAUGGCAGCUUAGACAAGGCAAGAAAUGGGAAAUUGCCAAGCCCUUGAAACAAAACCAAAGAAAUGAAGAAAAGAUGUAUGAGAAUGUUGUUAAUCAAUCACCAAUUCAAUUACCUCCUCUGCCACCCAGGGGUUUGCCUCCUACUGAAGAUACCUCUCUGUGGGAAACACCAAGUCAACCGCCAGUUACAUACUCGUCUGUACAUAAAGUUAAAAAUACAAAGACAGUUUCUAUUCCAAGCUAUAUUGACCCUGAAGAUGACUAUGAUGAUGUUGAGAUACCUGAUGCCAUUUGA